AUGGCCAAGGUGCGUACCGCCAAUGCGAUAUCUCAGAGAUGCAUGUUCCGUGUUGGCCCGAAAGGAAGCCAAAAACUAUUAACAAUCAUAAUUCUUCCUCAGAUCCAUGAGUUUUAUCCGCUAGGAGACAAAGGAUGGGCAUGUUUUAUCAAUUGCAAACUCUAUAUUCUCAAGCUCAUGAUCAACAAUGACCUCGAAAUUAGAAUUGAGGUAAAGUACCGAGUAAACAAUAAAAAUAGGUACAAGGCUGGAAGGAAAUGUUCGGUAUUCUAUUCUGGGAAACAUUCGUUUCACAAGAGUUGUCAAACUCGAAUUCUCGAAUUUCAAUUCAAAUCACCGCGGAGAAGUAGUGAUUUAAUUUGA